AUGAAUCCAGAAUAUGAUUAUCUUUUCAAAUUGCUUCUCAUUGGUGACAGUGGUGUAGGAAAAUCAUGUCUAUUAUUGAGAUUUGCCGAUGACACUUACACUGAAAGCUAUAUCUCUACCAUCGGUGUAGAUUUUAAGAUCAGAACCAUCAACCUCGAUGGUAAGAUUAUCAAAUUGCAAAUCUGGGAUACUGCCGGUCAAGAAAGAUUCAGAACUAUCACUUCAUCAUAUUACAGAGGUGCACAUGGUAUUAUUGUAGUUUACGACGUCACCGACCAUGUGUCGUUCAACAAUGUCAAGCAGUGGAUGCAAGAGAUUCAGAGAUACGCAUGUGACAGCGUCACCCGUUUGCUCGUUGGUAAUAAGUGCGAUCUCAUCGAAAAGAAAGUCGUUGAAACCAACGUCGCUAGAGAAUACGCCGACUCUGCUGGUAUCCCAUUCUUGGAGACCAGUGCUAAAUCCUCUGCCAACGUAGAGGACGCUUUCAUGAUCAUGGCCAGCGAGAUCAAGAAGUUGCAAGGUGGUAUUUCUACAGGCGGUAACACAAACUACAACACCAACGUCGUCAAACCAAGCUCCGGUACACCAGUUGGAAAGAAGAAGAGAUGUCUCAUUUUAUAA